ACUGGUUGGUUUGAGCCCAAACCUGAAAAUGAUGACCAAAAUUGGUUCUAUCUGUUUUGCAUAAUUUAUUGAUGGCGUUAAGCCUGUAGAACGCUCUGGCCUGUCUUACACUAUAGGCAUGGCCAUGGAUGUUGGCUAAGCAACUCAUCAUAUUCAUGAGCUCAGCGCAGCAACAGCCACCCUUUUCUGCAACAUUAGUCUCUCAAGUCAACUUCUGCACAGGGAAAAAGUUACUCGUACAAUACAAUAGGUCCAACCCUAUAACCAACCAACCACACAUAAAAAUAAAUAAAGAAAGCAUUCAAGAGAAAUAAACCCCACCAUGUACUCUCUUCAAUGCAACACAGCCUCAUUUGCACGACAUUACAAGCAAACUAACCCCAUCACAAUAAGCAUCUUACUGUCUUCAACAUAGGGGGAAAAAAUGGGGAUGUUAUGGCUCCUUGCUUUUAUCCUUUGGCGGAUAAUUCCGACACAAGCAGCUAUCACUGUGGGAGGUGGUGGUGUUGGCAUUAAUAUCGGCAAUGCUGGUGGUGGCGGUGCAGGUGUUUGGAUUGGUGGAGGAAUCAACAACGGCCCAACUCCAUCAAGCCCUUCAGUGUCAAAGCUCACCACUGCUUACACUGCUCUUCAAGCAUGGAAAUCUGCAAUCACAGAUGACCCAUUGGGGAUUUUGAAGACUUGGGUUGGCUCAGAUGUGUGUACUUAUAAAGGGGUAUUUUGUGCAGGCCCUGGACCAUUUGUUGCAGGCAUAGAUCUCAACCAUGCCAAUCUGCAAGGCACUCUGGUUAAGGAACUCUCAGUCCUCACUGAUAUUUCAAUCCUCCACCUUAACAGCAACAGGUUCUCAGGCACCGUUCCCGAUACUUUCAAAGACCUUUCGUCACUUCAAGAGUUGGACAUUAGUAACAAUCGUUUCUCAGGUCCUUUCCCUGCUGUUACUUUAUACAUUCCCAAUCUCGUUUACUUAGACCUUAGGUUCAACAGCUUCUCAGGACCAGUCCCUGAAGACCUAUUCAACAAAAGACUUGAUGCUAUCUUCCUCAACAACAACCAGUUUGAAGGUGAACUUCCUCAAAAUCUGGGUAAUUCCCCAGCUUCUGUGAUCAACUUGGCUAACAACAGAUUCAGUGGGAACAUCCCAGCUAGUUUUGGCAUAGCCAGUUCCAAGUUGAAGGAGAUUUUACUGCUUAACAACCAGUUAACAGGCUGCAUUCCACAAGGUAUUGGACUGUUCUCAGAGAUGCAAGUUUUCGAUGUGAGCCACAACUCACUGAUGGGUCAUUUGCCAGACACGGUAUCUUGCCUGAGUGACAUUGAGGUUCUGAAUUUGGCACACAAUAAACUAUCCGGGGUACUCCCCGAUUUGGUUUGUUCUUUAGGGAGCCUUGUGAAUUUGAAUGUAGCAUACAAUUUCUUCUCUGGGUUUAGCCAGGAAUGUUCAAAGUUGUCGUUUAGGAAGGGAGGGUUUGAUUUCUCGUUGAAUUGUUUACCCGGGAGAGACAUGCAGAGACCACAACCAGAGUGCUUGGUGAUCCCUGGUGGGGGGUUGAGUUGUCUGAGAAUUCCUUCUGCACAGCCUCUGGUUUGUGGGGCAUUGCUUGGGAACUUGGAGGUUAAUGUAACCUCAACAUCUCCAUGAUCUCAUCUCCUUACGUUACUAGUUUUUUAGUAUAACAGGUUGGCCAUAAAUCCAAAGCAAUGUUUUGCGCGCAUUCAAACACUAAUUCCAUUUUUCACUCAGCAAUUCAACGUUUAUUCUGGUUUAAGAUUAUUAUUUUCUGGUGUAGCGGCAUCAUGCUUCCAAUUUUUUCCUUUUUCUUGUUUUGACAAAGAUGAUUUGAAAAGAUUUUCAGGACAGGCAAAAUCCAUAGAUCUGCAAGGCCCGCUUAGACUUGUAAGCCAUCCAAGAUUCUCAGAAAAUAAAAGAAAAAAAAAAAAAACACUUGUUUAAGAUAAACUAGUCAUGAAAUUUGCAUGCUAGAAGUGAAGAAUUACAACAAAAGGAUUGCUUGUUUAGGCAAUGUAAUACAUUGGAUUUGGCAGCUUAAAGGAACGUUUAGCCACUGCAAAACCCAGCAAGUCACUCCAUUGAUCUCCAGAAUUCCCAUGAAUCCUGUAACCUUCAUUUACCAGAACUGAUCUCCUCUCAGAUUUGAAUAUGGUCGCUGGCGUCCCUCCAUCUGA